CAUGCUGACGUGAGCGGCAGGAGGGGGCGGGCCUAGCAUCGGGCGCUGGGAAAGGGGUUCUCAACAUGUCGGUGCUGCUGGCUGCGUUCGGACUACGCCAGCGGGCGGCUGUUGCGGCGGGCGGAGGCCAACGAGGGGCGCCCGCAGCGUGAGCCCCAGCCAGCCACACCCUGUGCUGGGCUAGGCCGGCCCUAGGACACCGGGCGGAAGCCUUGCCCGCGGCCAGGAAAUUUCCGAGUAAAGCAGAUGUUGCUUUGUGCACUGGUAUCUCAAGGUUUUCCAAGUUACUUUGUUCUGUACCUGUUGGCAGGAGGAAUGUAAACCUUGAUGAAUGCUGGAGGAAUUGACUAGACAUUCAGUUAACAGAUUCAUUAUCAAAUAAACAUGGGAGCAUUCUUGGAUAAACCAAAAACUGAUAAACAUAAUGCUCAUGGUGCAGGGAAUGGCUUGCGUUAUGGUCUCAGCAGUAUGCAAGGAUGGAGAGUGGAAAUGGAAGAUGCUCAUACAGCUGUUGUAGGUAUUCCUCAUGGCCUAGAGGACUGGUCUUUUUUUGCUGUCUAUGAUGGUCAUGCAGGAUCUCGUGUGGCAAAUUACUGUUCAACACAUUUAUUAGAACACAUCACCAACAAUGAUGAUUUUAGGGCAUCAGAAAAGCCUGGAUCAACUCUUGAGCCUUCAGUGGAAAAUGUCAAGAGUGGAAUCAGAACUGGCUUUUUGAAAAUUGAUGAAUAUAUGCGCAAUUUUUCAGACCUCAGAAAUGGAAUGGACAGGAGUGGCUCAACAGCAGUGGGAGUUAUGAUUUCACGUGAGCAUAUAUACUUUAUCAACUGUGGUGAUUCACGAGCUGUUCUCUAUAGAAAUGGACAAGUGUGUUUUUCAACACAGGAUCACAAACCUUGCAACCCAAGGGAGAAGGAGCGAAUCCAGAAUGCAGGAGGUAGUGUAAUGAUUCAGCGUGUUAAUGGUUCAUUGGCAGUUUCCCGAGCUCUGGGUGACUAUGACUACAAAUGUGUUGAUGGCAAAGGCCCUACAGAGCAGCUUGUUUCCCCAGAGCCUGAGGUUUAUGAAAUCUUAAGAGCAGAAGAGGAUGAAUUUAUCAUUUUAGCUUGUGAUGGAAUCUGGGAUGUAAUGAGCAAUGAAGAGCUCUGUGAAUUUGUUAAAUCUAGGCUUGAAGUAUCAGAUGACUUGGAAAAAGUGUGCAAUUGGGUGGUGGAUACUUGUUUACAUAAGGGAAGUCGUGAUAACAUGAGUAUUGUACUAGUUUGUUUUUCAAAUGCCCCUAAGGUCUCAGAUGAGGCAGUGAAAAAGGAUGCCGAUCUGGAUAAGCACUUGGAAUCACGGGUUGAAGAAAUUAUGGAGAAGUCGGGUGAAGAAGGAAUGCCUGAUCUUGCUCAUGUAAUGCGCAUUUUAUCCGCUGAGAAUAUCCCAAAUUUGCCACCUGGGGGUGGUCUACCGGGCAAGCGUAAUAUUAUAGAAGCUGUGUAUAACAGGCUGAAUCCACACAGAGAAAAUGAUGGGGGUGCUGGAGAUCUAGAAGAUCCGUGGUAGCCUUACAAAUCUACUAAAAUGCUUUUGAUUCUGAAAAAAGGGGGAAAACUUAAUCUGUUUUCUUCAAUACAAGGGAAAUAUUCUGGUGGAUUUCGAACAUUUUGUGAAAUGGGCAAAAAGAUAUUAGAGUUUUCCAUCACUAGUUUAUUUUUGUGUUUUCUGAUAUUGCCACUCUUAGCAUUGCCUGUAUUACAGUAUGUUUACCAGCCUCAGGCAUACUGACUCCAUCUUUGUUGAACUUUUAGCCCUAAAAACUAAGGAAAAAAUGAUUCUUUCAGCAGAUCAAUAUAUGUACCUGAGGUGCAUGGGAUUACAGUUGUACUCUGAAGAUACAUUAUGGUUCAACAAAACUUAACAUAUAAGCAUGAAAGAGUACAAAUAAUUGUAUGAGACAUUACUUAUUUCACUUUACCAAGUUGGAAGGCUUUUGCAGCUCUGUGGCUUGGAAGUAAUUUCAGUUGGGCAAUGCUAUAAGAUUUGUCUUUUUUUUUUUUAAUUUUCCAGUUUUAUCUGUAUUACCAUACUGUUAGGUUCCCUUACAGUGUCCAAAUUGUGAUAUGUUGCCUACUGCUUGCUUGAUGAUAAAUGUAUUUGGCAAUAAUAGAAGAAGAUUUUAGGAAUUUAAAACCAAUAAGAAUUUUAUGCACGUGUACAACACAUCCUUAAACUCUUGCUAGAAGAAAAAAAUUAAAACCAAACUGAUUAAUUUAUGGCUAGAUGUAACUUACUUUGACAUCUCACUCACUGCUGCAGGUUUUUUUAAAAUUGCUAAAAAUUUGCCUUUAUUAUAUAAUGUACAAUGUGAUUUUUGUUCUACAUGUGGUUUUCUAUAGUUUCCUCUAAUUUUUCAGCUUAAGAUACAGACAGAGGUCUUGUGUAAUAUGGAUAUAAUUUUUAAUUGUUUGCAUUGUUUUCAAAGCUCAAAUUUAUCACUUUGAGAUUACUAUAAAUACAGUUAAAAUUAUCUAUUUUAAAUCUAAGAAAAUAUUAAAGAUAUUUUCAUGGGUUCAAUGACCUUUCAUUUUAUAAGCAAUGGGCAUGGUACAGAGUGGCUGUCAUGUAAGGUACUUGAAGAUUCUUAGUUUAAUUCUAUUUUUGCAAUAACCUAGAUUUUUUUUCCUGAAUUCUUUUGAGUUGUGCAUGUAUUGAGUCCAGUAGAUGCUAAAAAUGAGAGUAAAGUAUUUAUCUAAAAAAAGCUAUUGGGGGGGGGGGGAACAAUGAAUGUAUCCAUCUGUACAUGAUUUUCAUGCUGUGGAUGCCUUGUAAACAUUUUCCUAUUUGUUUAAACUGUGUUUCAGAGAGGAUGUAAUUGCCCUUGUGUGUAAUUUAAGCUAAUGACAGUCAUCAACUGGUUUUGUGUGAAAUGGAAUUCAUGCUAUUUUUCUGUAACUUUAUCCCCAUGCUGAGUCUUGUAAAAACACACACUUACUUGCUGGUGCCUAUGGCCAACUUUCCCAAUCAUUUUGAUGCAUUGUGUAUCUAAUUUUUUGUUAGGUUUUUUGUUUCGUUUUUUUUUGUUCUAGAGAGGAUUAUUGCCACAAUAUAUUUUAUUUAUUCAUUAGAUUUUAGCCUUGUAAGUUAAAUUGUUCUAAAUGACAAUGUUAACAGAUAUUUGUCCCUUUGCUGGGGUUUUGGGGUUGUUAAAAGAUAGGGAAUGAAGAAUGCAAAAUGGUUUAUUGUUCAGACUGUCUGCUCUGGUCCAACCCUGUACUGACAGUACCUUCCCAGUAUGAUAUUGUGAUGUUUCAUACAAUACAGUGAACAUAACCAACUUGUUAUCUUCAAUAAAGGAUUGCUAAAACAGUG